AUGGCGACAGUGCGGUGGCCUCUGGUCGCUGCCGCGGCGGCGGUCGCGGUGUCGCUGCUGCUGGUGGAGGUGGCGACGGCGGCGGCGCCGCGGAAGCCCGUGGACGUGCCGUUCCAGAAGAACUACGUGCCGACGUGGGCGCAGGACCACAUCCACUACAUCGACGGCGGGCGGGAGGUGCAGCUGUACCUGGACAAGUCCACGGGGACGGGCUUCCAGACGCGGGGGUCCUACCUCUUCGGCCACUUCAGCAUGCACAUGAAGCUCGUCGGCGGCGACUCCGCGGGCACCGUCACGGCCUUCUACCUGUCGUCGCAGAACUCGGAGCACGACGAGAUCGACUUCGAGUUCCUGGGCAACCGGACGGGGCAGCCCUACAUCCUGCAGACCAACGUGUUCACCGGCGGCAAGGGCGACCGCGAGCAGAGGAUCUACCUCUGGUUCGACCCCACCAAGGAGUACCACUCCUACUCCGUCCUCUGGAACCUCUACAUGAUUGCGUUCUUCGUGGACGACGUGCCGAUCCGCGUGUUCAAGAACACGAGCGCGGACCUCGGCGUGCGGUACCCGUUCAGCCAGCCGAUGAAGCUCUACUCCAGCCUGUGGAACGCCGACGACUGGGCGACGCGCGGCGGGCGCGAGAAGACGGACUGGUCCAACGCGCCCUUCGUCGCCUCCUACCGGGGCUUCCACGUCGACGGCUGCGAGGCCUCCGCGGAGGCCCGCUACUGCGCCACCCAGGGCGCGCGCUGGUGGGACCAGCCGGAGUUCAGGGACCUCGACGCCGCGCAGUACCGCAAGCUCGCCGACGUCAGGCGCCGCUACACCAUCUACAACUACUGCACCGACCGCGACCGCUCCGCCGCCAUGCCGCCCGAGUGCGCACGCGACCGCGACGUCUGA